UUUAUUCUGUGUGGAGACCUGCUCGCGCGCUGAAGGGUUUCCCCUCGCGAAGAAAAGAUUCGCCGCGUGCGUUCGUUCGCGCUUGUGUGGCUGUCGGUGUGUGUGUGUUUACAAAUAUAUUUUGCUGCUCCUGUUUUUUUUUUUCGCUGGCUGUCGGUGGGCUGGUUCUGGGCUCGAACUCGGGCCUUCUGGAUAACUGAGAAGUUGCGUUUAGGGGGGCGGUUCGAUUUCGCGAGUUUUUCACGCUAGUGAAAGAUGAUUAUUCGCGAGUAAUCAGCGAGUGCAUCAGUGAAGAUUAUCCUGAAUCGAUGCCGAGCAUCAAAGGUGCCUACGGAAAAGAAGGGGUGCGUUCUUGUGCUUUGUGUGUUGUAGUGGUUUAUUGGUGAUUUACUAGCCUACUGUGUAUGUGCCAGCGCACGACAAGAGGAAGAGAGUGCAAAGAAGUGUGUGCGGCGAAGCCUGCUGAGCUCUUAUCGGAGCUGUUUACUCCCAAGUGUGCAUCUCCAAUCUGAAUUCUCGUCAUAUUCAGUCAAACCUAUCAAAAUUUAAGGAAUGCCAAAAUUCUCAUAAUUGUCCCAAGUGCGUUCGCAAGUGCCCCAAUAAGAAGAUCCAGUUGUGCCAGUGUAAUCUUUAAAAAGAAGAAGAAUUUCUCCAAAACCACAAAAUGUCCUCCCGACUCCAACACCCGGAAGAUCUGGAGCUGGCGGGUGCCGCGACAUCCUGCACGUGAAGCGAUCCGCUCCCGUGUGAAUGCCCCUCCGACGGAAGCGUAAACGCAAAAUCGUCAACUUGAUCCCUCAAUCGGUAGUACCUAGUAGUAGAAGUAGUAGGGCAGGUAGUGCAAGGGUAGUAGUGCCAUCGCGACCGCAGUAGUGUUUUAGUGCCCAAAGCUGGAUCGCUUGCAGCGCGUCAUGUUCCUGCUGGGCUGGGCGCUGGCCCUGGGCCUGGUGGACACCACGAGUCCGCUGAGCGUGGUCCAGCAGCCGCAGCAGCAUCACCAGCAUCCGGUUCCGGUUCCGGCGGGCGGAAGUUUCCCCGCGUCCGGAAUCGGCAGCCCGAACGGGUUGAUCAUCGAAGAUUCGCCGAUCGCCCCGUCCUCCCAGUACAUCGUAUCGAAGGACCAGUGGAACGGCGGGGGUGCCGCGGCGGCCGCUGCCGGUGCUGCUCACGGUCACGGCCACGGUGGCCACUCGUCGCAGGCCGGCUCCUCCAGCGGAUCCUCCUCCGGUGGUGGUGGUGGUGGUGAGGAGAACCCUCGCCGGUCCCGGCUCGUUCCCGGUCCUAACGAUACGUUCCGUUCUCUUGUCCCAGGGAUGGCCAACGGUGGCGGUGGGGCGGGCUCCGGUGGCUCCUCCGAUUCGGCCCAUCCGUUCAGCACCUUCUUCGACAUCUCGCAGUGGACGCUGAUGGAGUGCUUUUCGCUCCGGAGGACCCAGCAUCUGUACUACCAGCUGGGGAAUGGGUUGUUCCUGUUGGCGUUCCUGGCGCCGAACGCACCCUUUGGGAUGUUGUGGCUGCGGUGCGUCGUCAUUGCGGGCUGCGUCCUGCUCAUCAUCUGGGGUUGGCAGGUUGAGUGCACCGUCGAUGUGGUCGUGUGGGCGAGUUUGUUCCUGGCGGUGAACGCGAUCUACGUGGGGGCGCUGCUGUGCAAGCUGCGGCCGGUCAAGUUCGAGAAGGAGAUUGAAGCGGUCUACAUCGCGCUGUUCAAGCCGCUGCGCGUGUCGCGGCACCAGUUCAAAAAGGUGCUCAACUGCAUGAAGCUGGUGCGGUCGCUCAAGUACCAGGAGAUCUACGCCCAGGAGAAGGUCACCAAGGUGGACAGCCUGUCGCUGGUGCUGUCCGGGAAACUCGUGGUGUCCCAGAACCAGAAAGCACUGCACAUAGUGUUCCCCCAUCAAUUCCUAGACUCACCGGAGUGGUUCGGAGUGUCCACCGAUGAUUAUUUUCAGGUGUCCAUAAUGGCGAUGGAGGAAUCGCGCGUCCUCAUCUGGCACCGGGACAAGCUGAAGCUUUCCAUCAUGGCGGAACCCUUUCUGCAGGCCGUGUUCGACCAUAUCCUGGGCCGGGACGUCGUCAAGAAGCUGAUGCAGGUGACGCAGGUCAGCGAAACGAUGGCCCAGAGCAACGGGUACAUCUCGGCCGGGUACGGGGACGACGCCGAGGACAAACCGAUGCUGGUGAUGAAGUCGGGCAAGUCCGGCAGCGACAACGGUGGCCACGGCAUCACGGCCCUCAUCAAUCGGCAGCUGCAGGAAGAAAGUGUGCCCCUCCUGCUGAGUGCCAGCCCGACGCCGCUGAUGUCGCUGCACAUGCGCCUGCUGCACUCGACCGAGAACAAGUUCAUCAAGAAGAUCUACGACGUGUGACGGCGGAGUCUGUGGACGGGCCCUCCGAGCCAACGACCCAAUCAUCCAACAACCCUUGUCUAGUCGCGCCCCCACGCUGCAAUUUUGUCGUUUUUAAGCUUUUUUUACCUUCUUAGUUUUGUAAAUUUUUGAUUUAUUUUUUGAGCGGCUUUUUGAAUCGAGCAUCGCAACGAAGUCAUCGAAGGGAGGGGCCGUCCAUCGAGCACGCAACGAACGAACACUCACUCACUCUUUCGAUGUGUUUUUGUUUACCGCCUUCUUUGAUACACUGUUUUUGCUCUGCCUAGGAUAUCUAAAUAUUACUAUUGUGCAGCGGACCCGAACGCGUGGCGCCUCGGCCGGAUCGACGAGGCGGACCAUGAGACGGCCGUUUAAUAUUAGCCCUGGCGGUGUGCCCCCGACGACGCCCUCUACGGCGGUUCCAUCGGUGGCAUCGAUCCCGACUACGACGAUCCGGAAGAACUGGACGAACUGGGAACCAGGUGUGGCAAGUACCGGCCGCGACGAGUGCCGCCGGUGCCGGUGCCAUUCCCAUCCGGCGGGGACAUCCUGCGGGGCAUCAUCCCGCUGGACGUGGACUGGACCGAGCUGGAGCGGACGCAGCAGCAGAGCCGGACGCACCGGCAGACGGCGGUUUGAGGAGGAGGAGGGAGGGACACCGGCUAGUGUUGCGGCGGGGCAGGAAUUUAGGAUAGAAGAAUAUUUAGGAUUUUAGAAUAUACAUAAAAUGUAGUCAUCGUGUACUAGAAAGAAGGAAAGAGGAAUUUGUUCAAAGAAGGUAACAAGAUAGAAGAAGUCUCUUAUUUUCGAAAGCUGUGCUUUUUACUCAAAGAAAAAUUUAACUGUGUAUAAACUAAUUGAUGGAAACGAAAUCGCGAAUUGUGUGUGUUGAGCGAGAACGGAAAACAAAGAAAGAAAAAAUCGUUUUUAGCGCCUAAAAAUAUAAAUUAUAAUGAAAAAACUAGCUGAACGUCGCCGUUUAUAGUUUCUAAAGAGAUUGUAAUGUUUGUACAGAUUAAAGAUUAAAUUAACAAAAUAAAUGUAACUGUAAAUUUAUAUAAAUUGAAAUAGUCAUAAUCGAAAAUAAAAUGUUCAUUUUUUCGACUUCAAUCCCAGCAAAAAAAAAAAACUAGGCAGAGAACUUACAAGCGUUUAUACUCCUAGCUAAACGUUCCUAGGUACUGAUAAAUUGUCGUUACUAAUGAAGGAAUAAAAAGGAAAAGCUAACAAGCUGUUGAGUAGAACGGACCAGCGACUGAUUUGCAUUGUUUGAAUGAUAUGAAAGGAAAUAAAUUGAAGAGUUUUACUUGCGUUCCAUA